GCCCAGCAAGGCUCCAGGGCUUCUGAAGGCAUGUCUUUUCUGAGUUGUAAAGGGGAUCAUAACUUCACGGCUUACCUUGAUGAAUAUACUGAAAUAUUCAAGAUGGGCAGCAACAGUACCAGCAAUGCUGAGACUCAAUGCAAUGUCACUAAUUUGACAUUUCAAUACUCCCUCUACGCCACCACCUACAUCCUCAUAUUCAUCCCUGGUCUACUGGCCAACAGUGCAGCCUUGUGGGUUCUGUGCCGCUUCAUCAGCAAGAAAAAUAAAGCCAUCAUUUUCAUGAUCAACCUCUCUGUGGCUGACCUUGCUCACGUGCUGUCCUUACCCCUCCGGAUUUACUAUUACAUCAGCCACCAUUGGCCUUUCCAGAGGGCCCUUUGCCUACUGUGCUUCUACCUGAAGUAUCUCAACAUGUAUGCCAGCAUUUGUUUUCUGACAUGCAUCAGCCUUCAGAGGUGCUUCUUUCUUCUCAAGCCUUUCAGGGCCAGAGACUGGAAGCGUAGGUAUGAUGUGGGCAUCAGUGCUGCCGUCUGGGUCAUCGUGGGGACUGCCUGUUUGCCAUUUCCCAUCAUGAGAAGCACAGACUUAGCCAACAACACUGAGUCCUGCUUUGCUGAUCUUGGUUACAGGAAACUGAAUGCAAUGGCUUUGGUUGGGAUGAUUACAGCUGCUGAGCUGGCAGGAUUUGUGAUCCCAGUAGUCAUCAUUGCAUGGUGUACCUGGAAAACCACUAUAUCCUUGCGACAACCACCAGUGGCUUUCCAGGGAAUCAGUGAGAGGCAGAAAGCACUGCGGAUGGUUUACAUGUGUGCUGCAGUCUUCUUCAUCUGCUUCACUCCCUAUCAUAUUAACUUUAUUUUUUACACCAUGGUAAAGGAAACCAUCAUUAGCAGUUGUCCCAUUGUCCAAAGCUCACUGUAUUUCCACCCUUUUUGUCUAUGCCUUGCAAGUCUCUGCUGCCUUUUGGAUCCAAUUCUCUACUACUUCAUGGCCUCAGAGUUUCGUGACCAACUAUCUCGCCAUGGCAGCUCCGUGACUCGUUCCCGCCUAAUGAGCAGGGAGAGUGGUUCAUCAAUGAUUGGUUAA